AUCUAUAAUUCUUGGUAUUAGGUGAAUGGACAGUAAAGAGGAGUGAGGAAAGUCAAAUGUACAGACGCCAGCACAUCAAACUACUGGAAUCUGUCUUUCUUUGAUAGAUAUUGAAUUUUUGGUCUAAAAUAUAUAAUGUUGAUUAAGAAAAUUUUAUUGAUUGAAGCAGCUUGAUAUAAUGGCAAUACUUCUCUAGACUUGAUGAUUCAAAGAGAAUUUCAUUAUAUUAUUCCUAUUCUGGAGUUAAAGCCUUGUGGCUCAAACCUGGGCUGCAAUGAUUAUUCUUGUCAUUUUUAUAAUUAGUAAAUGUAAUCUGAUGUAGGUUUCGCAACUUAAGAUGACUUGAAAAAUUAUCUUGAUAAAAAAUUUUAAUAUUGAAAAAUAUUUUCACUUACUAAAUCUGUCUAGAUGAUAAAUAAACAAACGCAAUAAUCCAUUGAUAAGGGUAAGAGAAUGUUUAAAUUUUGAUGGAAAUUGAGGAAAACUACAUUUAAAUACCACGGGACUCAGGUGAAUCCACUUGAGGAAGCUGUUUGAUAAUAACUUUCGACCAAUGGGAAUCGUCGAGAUAGAUACUGUUUUUACGUCAAAUCUAUAUUUUUUAAAUCUUAUCACAAAAUAUUCUUCCAUUCAAUUAGGACUUGUUCAUUGAUAAAAAGUACUAUAAAUAAAAAAUAAUAUCACGAUUUCAGGUUAGUAUUAAACGCAAUCAUGGCGCAAUACAAUAUCGAAGGUGAUUUAGAAAAUAUUACGGAACGCCAACUGGAGUUCGUUAAGAAAGUUAUUUCAGAACAAGACUUAAAAGUCAAAAAAGUUGUACUAGAACCAGUUGGAAAAGCUGGUGAUAAUUUCGCUUCAAAUGUAAAGAGGAUCAACAUUGAAAGUGACAAUGGAAGUAUGAAAAUGAUUCUGAAAAUUGCACCAUCCAUCGAAAUGGCUCGCAUGAUGUCGAAUACGGCAAUGAUGUUCAAGAAUGAACAUUGCAUGUACAUGGAGGUAUUGCCAAAGUUUUUGUCAUUGCAGAAAGCAGUGGGAGUACCUGAAGAAGAACAACUAAGAUUUGCAAAAUGCUACGGAUCUCUCACUGAGCAACCCAAUGAAGUUAUUAUUUUAGAAGACUUGAAAGAAUCGGGAUUCAGCAUGUUGGACAAGUUCCAGUCUUUGUCCAAUGAAUGUGUGAGGAGCAUCUUAAAAAGCUUUGCAAUUUACCAUUCUCUUUCACACGCAUUGUCUAAACAGGAACCAGAAACUUUUGAAGAGAUCAAAGGAAAACUAACAAACAUUUGGACGCUCAUGUAUGAAAACCCAGAGUUUGUCAUUGUGACAAAAUCAAUGGAAACUGAAAUGUUGGUAUUUGUUGACAAUGACGCAGAUAAAGAAAUACUUAGAAAUAAACUGAGCAACAUCGUUCAAAAGCGGUCUGAUUUAAUAAAAAAUGAAGAUAAUAAGUAUUCAGUUAUUCAACAAGGUGAUGCUUGGACUAACAAUAUGUUGUUUAAAGUGGGAGAAGAUUCGGUGCAAUCAGCCAUGAUCGACUAUCAAGCGUCUAAUUUCGGCAACCCCGUAAUUGAUCUCUUCUACAUUAUUUUGAACUGCACCGACCAUGAAACGAGGUCCAAACACUAUUACGACUGGAUAGACUAUUAUCAUUCGGAGCUUGACAAGUCACUGUCAAACUUUGGCUUGGAUGUCAGUUCUAUUUAUCCAAGGGAACAGUUGGAUGCAGAUUUGAAGAAAUACUCCAGCGUUCUUUUCAGCUUGUGUAUACUCUUGUGUAACCUUCUAUUGAGAGAUACUGAAGAAGCCAGUGAGAUGAUGGAAGCUAUAAAGACUACUGAAUUGAGUGAAAUAGCUGAGUCUAUGACUAUCCAACAAAUGCAGAGCAAAACUUUUGAUCGAAUCAAAACGAAAGUGAAUGACCUAGUAGCUAGUAUGAAAGAAUUUAAUUUCGUGUGAUUUUUAUGAACAUUGUUUUCUAAGCUGUGAUAAUUGAAUGAUGCAAUAAAUAUUUGUUAAAACCUG